AAUGACAGCUUGUCAGAUUGAUUAGAAAAGUUUAAUCAAUUUUAUGGUUUAUUAUAGACAGUUUUUGUUCAAAAGUAUAAAAUAAUUAGAGCAUUUCUCUAUUUUUGAUUUUAGUAAAAAUCAAAGAGAAACACUCUAAUUAUGAAUACUUUUCAGAUAUGUCACAAUACUACCGAUCUAACACCGUUGUAUUUACCCCAACAACUUUAUUUAAAACCGAUAGCGAGAAUAAAUAUAUCUUUACAACUUCCAAAUAUAAAGAAAAUAGGAAAAAGUGUUUCGCAUUGGGAUAUAAUGGAUCAAAUAAGAACUCUAAUAAAACCUGAAGAAUUUACAACGUUAAAAGUUACAAAAACCACAGUGGAAUUUGUUAGAUUAGAAGGUGAACUUGAUUCCAAAGACAAAAUUGAUCGUAUUUUACCCAAGAUACAUAACAAGAUGAUAAAACUAAAGGAUUUCGGGGAGUUAAUGAGAUUGAAAGCAGCCGAAUGGAAGUCUGAUUUUCCUACUAGACGAGCAUGGGAUGAUUUUUUCCAAAAUUCACGCGAUAUGGACGAGAUGAAACCAGGACAACGACCUGAUACCGUGCACAUUUCGCAUUUACCGUCAAAAUGGUUUGUACCAUAUCAUCUCUCAGGUGAGGAAGAAGUAACCCCUUCCGAAAAGAUAUUCUACAGAAUAUUUGAAAAAUUCGGUCAAAUUAGAUCAAUAGAUAUACCCAUAUGUGAUCCUUAUAGAAAAAAAAUGAACACGAAUAUAUCGGGAUUAAAGACUUCCUCCUUUGAUAAUACUCAAUUCUUUGAGGGUUAUGUACAGUAUAAAGACUAUAUAGGGUUUACCAAAGCUAUGGAUGCUUUGAAAAACGUGAAAUUAGUUCAUAAAGAUGAGGAUUCCAUGUUAGAAGUUGAUAUUAAAGUGGAUUUUGAUAAAAGUAAACAUUUAAGUGAAGCUUCUAUUAGAAGAAGGGAAAUAGUUCGAGAUAGAUUGGUCAGGAAAGCCAGGGAACAAGAGGAGAAGGAUAAAGCACAAUUGGAAGAAAUGAAAAAGAAAGAAGAAUUGGAAAGGCAAAAAGAAAUAGAUCUGAAGGAACAGAAGAAAUUGAGGAGAAAAUUACGCGAAGAAAAAAGGAAAGCGAAAAUAUUGGAAAAGCUCGAGAUUUCCGGUAGCGAUGAAAUCAACGAAAAGAUCGCUAACGAAGAAAAAAAAUUACUCAAAGUACAAAGAAAAUUAGAAGCCAUAAGGCUUUUGGAAGAAUUAUUCAGAAGGAUACAGGAGAAGAAUCCUGAGAACGUCCCCAUCUACGAGGGGUUGACGAAUCAGUCCCACGACGAAUUAACUCGUUUCAAAAACUCCAGCGAAUUAGAGGUGCUCAAUCAAAAACAGAAGUUGCAUAACGCGCUCAAAGGAAGAGUUAUGCUCAAAACAAUCCUCGCGGGCGGUAAAAAAAUUAAGAGAUCACGUUCCGAUAGUACGGAUUCCGAUUUAUCGCUCGAUCUUGAUAUACCGGCUACAAGACGUCGACCAACCAGUCCGGUGAUUCAAAAAUAUCCCGAAUUGAUGUACGAUCCGGGUUGGGUAGGUUAUCCUUCAUACAUCCCUCCAGGACCGAUGUUUCCUGAAACUUAUCCGAUAGGCAGUUUCAUACCUAGAGGCAGAAGUUUCCCGAGGCUGCCCAAUAUUCCGGGUCCAUCUAGAGGAGGAUAUGGUCGACGUAGAUCCGGUUAUAGAUUUAGGGGUACAAACAGAGGCGGAGGUAAUUUCAAAAACUACCCGCCGGAUUUGGAAGAAGAGUUUCUGAAAUUCCUAAACGAGCACGAAGACAGGAAACGUAAAUCUUACUCUCCGAGUAGGCGAUCUAGAAGACGUACAAGAUCUAGAUCACGUUCGAGGAGAUCCUACAGCCAUUCGAGGAGUAGAUCGAGAAAAAGACGAUCCAGAUCGCGGAGAUCUAGAUCUUAUAGUUAUAGAUCGAGAUCUAGGUCGUAUACUAGAUCGAGAACUAGAUCCAGAUCUAAAGAUAAACGUUUAACCAGGAGUAGAUCUAGAAAUAGGAAUAGAUCGAGGAGUAAAUCUAGAGGGAGAAGCGGAAAUAGGGAAAAUAAAACUGAAACUAACGUUGAUGAUAGAAAAUCGAAAUCUAGGGAAAAAUCCGUGGAUAGUUCUAGUUUUAUGACACCUAGACAGCUUCAAAGGAGAAGAGAGAGAUCGAAAUCGUGGUCUUUGAUGAGGGAAGGUGAAGCAAAAGGUAGAUCUUGGUCUAAAUCCCCGGAAAAAAAAGAAUAAAAUUUCAUUAUUUAAAUUUUUAUUAAAUUAUUUAUAAUAUUUACGAAAAGUUGUAAUUUUUGUUCUUAAUUAAAGAUCUUUUAAGUAA